AGCCAGAAGAGGAACCGGGCGGGCAGUUCACUGCUUCCUUUCUCGUCUCCCGUCACUGCCAUCGGUUCUGCAUGGUGGAUAUUAUUUUUUGCUCCUCGUUCUUGGGUGAUAUGGGUGAUCAUUCCAAGCAGAAGCCUGGAUCUGCUUUGUGUGUUGGCUGUGGGAGUCAGAUACAGGACCAGUACCUACUUAGAGUUUCCCCGGACCUGGAGUGGCACGCCGCGUGUCUGAAAUGUGCCGAAUGCAGUCAGUACCUGGAUGAAACAUGCACUUGCUUUGUCAGGGAUGGGAAGACGUACUGCAAAAGAGAUUAUAUCAGGUUGUUUGGAAUAAAAUGUUUUAAAUGUAACCUUGGCUUUAGUAGCAGUGACCUGGUGAUGAGAGCACGAGACAACGUGUAUCAUAUCGAGUGUUUCCGGUGCUCCGUGUGCAGCAGACAGCUCCUGCCGGGAGAUGAGUUCUCCUUGCGGGAUGAGGAGCUGCUCUGUCGGGCUGACCACAGGCUUCUAAUGGAGCGCAGCUCCGCCGACAGCCCCGUCAGCCCAGAGCAUUUCCACUCGAACAGAGCUCUUCAUAUGGCAGAUCCCGUGGCAGUGAGGCAGCCGCCGCACCGAAAUGUCCAUAAGCAGUCCGAAAAGACCACUCGAGUGCGGACGGUGCUGAACGAGAAGCAGCUGCACACGCUGCGAACGUGCUACAACGCCAACCCCAGGCCGGACGCCCUAAUGAAGGAGCAGCUGGUGGAAAUGACCGGUCUCAGUCCGCGGGUUAUACGAGUCUGGUUUCAGAAUAAACGCUGCAAAGACAAGAAGCGAUCCAUUCUGAUGAAGCAGUUACAGCAGCAGCAACAUAGCGACAAAUCGAAUCUGCAGGGCCUGACGGGGACACCCCUUGUGGCAGGGAGUCCCGUUAGACACGACAGCACCGUCCAGGCCAGUCCGGUGGAGGUGCAGACUUAUCAGCCCCCGUGGAAGGCUCUGAGCGAGUUUGCCCUUCAGAGUGAUCUGGACCAGCCUGCAUUUCAACAGCUGGUGUCUUUCUCAGAAGCGGGUUCCUUGGUCAACUCGUCGGGCAGCGACGUUACAUCUCUGUCUUCGCAGCUACCAGACACGCCAAACAGUAUGGUACCCAGCCCAGUGGAGACGUGAAAUGGGCCCCCAGCACCCAGCCCCGACCAUCUUAGCAUGUUCCCGCUAUCUGCAUGAGAAAUCAACAGCGCAUCAUAAGGGGGGAAGCGAGUCACGUUCCGAAUAAUGGACUGGCAGGACGAUACGGAAUUACGAAAAGCAAAGCAUUGCUUAACACACCGAUUUGUUUGUCUUCCAAGGAUAUGGGAUGUUUGGAAAAUGUGCCCAAAUAUAUUACUGCAUCAACAUUAUCCAGAAGGAGGGACAGAUAAAUCUUUGAGGAUUUACAAAUCAAUCAACGGCUAUUGACUACGGGCCACUGACUCUUCUGUACUGAAUCUAUGAACUUUAAAAAAAAUCAUGGUCAUCAUUGUCUUGUUUGCUCAACAUGAUCUUUUUUUAUUUCAUCACUUUGAUUUCAUUGAAGUCCAAAGCCCCCUGUGCUUGUCUCUCUGCGCAUGAUAUCCGAAGACAAUAAAAAGCUACUCUGAUUGUAAAAUAUUUUAUCUUAAGAGAUGGAGGACAGAUUGUUUGAGCUGCUCAAAGAGAAGACGCGGCACCGAAGUGGACCGAGGGGCCCAGCUGGUAAACCCACCCUGGAGUAUCCUCCGUUUAUUUUCAAUACGAUCAGAAUCCGGCCUGUGAAUCGCCUCCGGACACGGAGUCCCCAGGUCAGCCUGGACUGGCUUUUCAGGCAUCAAAAGAUUUGCUCCGGAGGAUGGGUCUAAUUGCAGCGAAGAACGGAGUAAUAAAAAAAAAAAACUCGGACAAGCUUCAACGCAUUAAUGGACACUGAACACGAAAGUUCACAUUCAUUGCCUGAAUAAUUACAACGCCCUACAGUCAUUUUGAUUUAAGAUGAUGCUGGACCACUAAUAAAUAGUUAAGUAUCUUGCAGGGAAAAUUUUCGACAUUUAAGUAUUCAUCUGUGCAAACAUACUCACUUAGUGAUUUAAGCUCAAUUUCAAUAUCUAAAGCGAAUAUAAGCAAUACGUAGGCCUAUACUGUUAUUAUAACGAUAUUAGAGAAACACAUGUAUAUCAGUUAUUAAAGGAACAACAUUUGAUAUUUCA